CGAAAGUGUUAAACGCUUUCGAUUAGAUGGAUCAUCUGUACGCAACAGGCCGACUUUGCUUGCUCUGCUGUCGAUAUUUCAUGAUCAAAUAACUCAAAGUCUACUCCGGAUUCCGAUCCCAAUUUGUCUUCAGAGAUGAUGAAAGCUUUCAAGCUCGUCAAAGACCUGUCCGUCGGCGAGGCCGUUGUGGUUCAUCAUAUGAGACACUGCGGCACUUGUGAAUAUUGUACAGAUGGAGCUGAGCAACACUGCGAAGUAUACCAAUGGGGAGCCAUCGGGAUGACGAGAGGUUGUGGUUAUGAUGAUGGCCUAUCAGGAAUACCUUCUCGUCCCUCGCACUGAGGUUGUUUCAAUCAGCAACGAGGAUCCAAUUAUGUUCGCCCCCUUAACUAAUGCGGCAGUCACUGCCUAUUACGCAAUCCAUACUGCGUUGCCAAAGUUUAAGGGCGAGGGAGAUGCUGCAAGAGAAGAGAUUCUCGCACUGACUCAUGGGCGCGGUAUUGAUGUUGUCAUUGAUUUUGUUGGAACAGCUACUACCCUCCAGCUUGCAGCCAAGGUUUCUCGUCCCCAAGGCCGUAUUGUGCUUGUGGGUAUGGAGGGUGUAACACUAAAUGUUGGUUGGGGGGUUUGAUGGCUAGUAGUUGUGAAUUUGCCGUCAGCCUGGGGAGCACGCGACAGAAUUUGAAAAGAGGGUUUGUCACUUACUG